AAUUUCACAGAGUAUGGACGGUUGGAGUGAAAGGCUCGCUCUUGGGCGGAGACCGGUCGGAGUCCGGUGCCGGCGCGGGGCUGCUCUCGUCCUUCCGCUCGUUCGCAACCUUAUUGAAUCUGUCGUCCCAUACGUAUCCCGACGAGAACGAUAUAGCAGGUCUCUGCAAGCUCUCCAUUACCGACCUCGAGAUUCGUCUGCAGCUCGAAAAUUUUCAUCGCUGCUAUCAAACUCCAUGGCUCAUAAUCAGUAUUUAAAAACACAGAGCCACGCAUCGUUUUGCACAUCUGCAGCCAAACUCGACUCAGAGGAAGGCGAUGAAGAACCACAAAGAAUAAAUGUAACUUUUGUGGACAAAGACGGAGAGGAGAAGCAUAUCAGUGUCCCUGAGGGGUUUUCAAUGCUAGAAGCUGCUCAUGACAAUGAUAUAGAUCUUGAAGGAGCAUGUGAGGGUACGAUGGCUUGUUCCACUUGCCAUGUUAUCGUCAUGGAUGAAGACCAAUAUAAUAAAUUACCAGAUCCAGUCGAUGAGGAAUUGGACAUGUUAGAUCUUGCAUUUGGCCUCACAAAAACGUCUCGCCUAGGCUGUCAAGUAAUUGCAAAACGCGAACUUGAUGGACUUCGUCUAGCACUUCCGUCAGCUACUUCAUGAUCAUGUAGGUACCAAGCGUCCUUGAGCCAUCUGUAAGUAAAGUUCUAUACGGAUGAUGAAAGAAGUCGGGAGCAUAUUUUUUGCAGUUGUGAUUAUCUAAGGAGAAUUUUUUUUUUUUGCCAUUCGUUUAAAACCAUGAGUCAAUACUCUGAUGGUUUUGUGCCUAAUAUUCUUCCAUUUUUGUAGUUUGGGAUUCCAAUAGUCACUAAAUUCUGUUGUAGUAUGAGCUAUUUAUUUCGUAGUGCUUAAUAAUUGUUAUUAUAGCA